ACGAUGACGACUUAGUCGGUUUUUCAUCUACUUGAUCUACCUCAAGAUGAAACUGAAAGCGGAUUCGUCGCGAAGACUUUCACUGCCUGGCCUAGUGAGCGUCGUUCCGGCUCCGAUUCUGCCCAGAGGAGCGGGAGUUGAGGUAAGUACUGGAAAUGUAGUAGUUUCGUGUUAGCUAUGUUAGCCGCCCUCACAACUUCAACAUCAACAUCAGAGAAAUUCGUAGAACUCAAAGAAGACUCAGGGAAGUCGUAGGUCCAAUCCGAACCGACUAACAUCAUCAGCUAUGUUGGCUUUGCACAAAUUCUUACUUUCUUACCACUUUCACUUUCUCAUCAAGAUCAACCUCUGUCUGCAACUUUCGACUUUUGCAUCAUCUAUCACAAUCCUUCAGUUUUGCCCCUCAUCUUUCUACAAGGUUGAUGCAGGAGGUGGUGGAGCAACGCCAACAGGUAGAACAAUUGCAACUACUGGUGGAAGCACAACUCCAAGCGUCUUAACUACUACGCAGUCAGCUACCCGUGCGCAGUCAGUGAGUGUAAAGAAAUCGCAGUCUCUUCUUUAAGACGGGGUAGAACUUGAACUAGCAGAAGUUGCAGUUCUUGUCCAUCAUGCCUUUAACCUUGUUGUAAGUAAUUGUUGUGUUGUUGUGGUUGAGUUUGAGUAAUCGAGAUUGCAGUUCUAAUUCUUGCAGUUUGACUACCACAAUGCCACUGGCAGAUUCGCAGCAACGCCUGGACGGAGCGUCGCGCGAGUGGGUGGGGGAGUUGGGUUAUCUUCUUCAGUUCCGGCUACAGUACUCACAAUUACACCUCCACCCUCAUCGUCAUUCUCUUCUAGUGCAGCCGCUGGCACUACAACAACUACAAGAUCAAGUGCUGCUUAUGUUGUUGCGGGGUCUGGUUCUGGUGGUGGGAGUGGCAACACCAGUACUGGUACUGGUAGACAGCAAUUCGUGCAAAGUCGCGGGUAUGAAGAUAGCGCAACAGCCGCAUCAGCAUCCGAAGAAGAGGUCAUGAUGAAAGAGGGCAAGAUGAACAAGGUGAAUAAACAUGGUAAUAGUCAACUACAUGAUGGUGAUGGAGGAGGUGGAAGUGGAGCAGUCGCAAAACAUGCAGUAACAGUAUCUUCAUCUUCUGCAUCGCCUGGAGGUUUGGGAUCAAUACUAGCUGGAUAUAACGUGAUCUUAACGAAGAAAACACCAGCAGCUCCUGGGAAUAUCGGAGUUGUAGGUGGUCUUGGGGCUGCUCCUCGGUCUAUGCCGCGUAGUUUGUCCACUAGUGCUGCUGGCUCUAGCAAUCUCAAUGUAGUUGUCACUCCUAGACACGUCGUUGUCGAUGCACCUGAUACUUCUUCUAGUAAUAAUACUAGAGCAGCAAAUGGUGCAAAACUCAUACCUAAAACAUCACCGUCGCAGAAGACGACCACAACCACAUCCCCGAAACGAGAAACUUCUACAACAAGUAAACCGCCUGUCGUAGUUCGCAGUAGUAGUGUCGUAUCACCAAGGAGUAUGCGGCCACUACUUGCUUCCUCAUCUGUGAAGAUCUGUAGCGGAGGUAUUAGUACAACGACGCCAAGGCUAUUGCAGUAUCAACCGUGGACUCCGACUCCUCCUGUACCUUUGAAGGCGGUUAAACUUGGUGGAUCUUCUGGCAUUGGUGGAAGUCCAUUUCUUACGCCUCUGAGUCGUGCAACAUCUACUGCAAUCACUCCGCAAAGCAAUAGCAGGACUGAAUCAGCAGGUGCUGUACCUUCAGGAACACAAAGACUGUUAGCCGCAUCUCCUUCAGUACAAAAUUUGCACGCAACGACUACUGGCAUUGGUGGAUCUUCUACUGGCAUAAUUGGUGGAUCUUCUACUGGCAUUGGUGGAUCUUCUCCUGGUGCUGCUGGAGAGUUCACUUCUACUAGAAUAAACACUACAGCAGCACCAGGAGGAGGAGGCGCACAUACUCGUUCUUUAUCUGUUCCUGCUGCUCCCGCGCUACGUGGCUCUAUCGGAAAGCCGCCUUUAGCACCUCAAUUACUACAAUUACCAACUACUGCUAGUGCUACUAGAAGUUGUACAACUGGAGGUCGUGGUACAACUGGAACAAUUCCUCCAACUACUACAUCAUUCUCUCCUCUACUAGGAACAAAGGUCGUGUCAACGUCUGCCACAAGUGUUGGACCACUAUCCGGGAGUGCGUCAGUCCCGAUCGCGCCACCCACCCAACUUCAUCUCUUUCCACCACAAUCAACGGCCGCGCAGAACGCGACUAUUCUUGGCAAGAAUACUGGUACUGGUCGUCCUGGUCCUUCAACAAGUACGUCGACGACCUCAAUUCCUACGAGAAUACUAACGCAACAAGUGAACAAUAACAGUGGAACUACUGGAUUUGCGGGUCCGACUACAUCAUCUUCUUUUUCGAGGAAAAUGCCACAAGAACAUGAUGAUCACGAUGAAGAAACGAAACGAGUGUUAGUGGCGAAUGGUAGUGGAGGCUACCAAAUAGUAGUGCAUACGCCGAAAUCUCCAGGUGCAGCUGUUACAUUAGCAACGCCUGUAGGAGAUCCCAGUCAUGGCCUCCUAGUAGGUGGAUUCCAUGAUGAAGAAGACGAAGAUGGCUCAGUCUCAUUAUCCUUGAGCAAGUCCAGCAUCGAGAGUAUCUCAAACCAAAGGUCGCUUGUUUAAGGCGAAGGUCUUCUACGUCUGAAGCUAUAUACAGAGUAGUUUAUAGCACGCAUGGAGUGCAUGGAGUAGCAUGGAGUGCAUGGGGCGCAGAGCUUUAAGGGGCGCAAGAAGCUCCCCCUUUAGCUCCAUGCUACUCCAUGUGAUCCAUGCACUCCAUGCCAUGCGAGCUGGGAAACCUUAUAGUAUAAUAAAUUCGAUGAUUUGUUUGCUUUGCAGCUUUAAAUUCCUGAAAUCAUUUCGUCGUGUCGUAGAUCCUACUCAACUUCGUGUUUUCUCUGAACUAUUCCUUCCUCUAAUGUCUCUUGACAUCAACCGCUGCUCCAAGGAUCAAAAUUUCUCCACUGUCCUUGCCUGGUGAUGCAGCAAGUACAACCAGUCCGAUAAAUGCUGCUUUAGGAAGCUUUUUUGGAGGUCCCAAUCUUCAGCUUCCCCACAAACUCGCUCACCAAUCUGCAACUUCUACACCUGGAGGGGGUAUGGUAGGAACAAGUAUAGUAGCUUCUACCCCACUCAUGGUCGAAAUAGGAACGCCUGUCGAGGAUCAGAAUCAUCUUGCGUGGGCAGGUGAGCAAGGUGGUGGCUUUGCAAAUCCGAGAAGUCGGCCGACCAGCCGUCCCACCAGUCGCAACGGGAGUCCCACAGGUAGAGGCAUAUUGAAAAAUGCAGGAGAAGCGACGCCAAUAGCACUGCAUGGAUUUCAUCCGAUGUCUACAACUACCAUGCCGGGAGGACACGUAGUUGGUAGUCUUAGCCUUGGACAUCAACCUCCAUCAGGAACAGGAUUGCACACCUCCACGACAGGACUUCCAUUAUUAAGGGUUCCCAACAUAUUACAUUCCUCACGACUCGCAUCCCUGGCUCUUUUUGCAGUAGGAAAUAAGUAGUCCUCAGGGUUGUUCUGAGGAAUGUAAUUUUUCCGUAACCUCUAACAUUACAGUUGCCAUUCAUCGCUUCUCCUCGUAUUCCAGCUGCAGGACCACCUUCUUCACAGCUAGGACACCAGUCAGGAGGAGUGGGUCCACCAUCUGGAUUGAUGUCAUCAUCAAAAACUUCUACAGUAGCAAUCGCGCCAACUCCCAUCCUCGCAACGCCUUUGAGUGCUAGAGCUAGAGGAGCUGGUAAUUAUAAUUCCCAAGAUCAAGAAGGAGAAGACCAUUCGUCUUCCAGUAUUCAAGAUUCCUUCUUACAGAAACGCGAUUUCGCUUCAGCGUCUCUAGUUGACCUUUGGUUCGAUGGCAAGACUUGGCGAACGUCGGAGCCUGUCUUUUCCAAAGACCACAAUGCUGCAAAAAUACGGUAUUGGGAGAAUUACAAGGAAUAUCUUGGUGGUACUAGUAAGACGAGCGCAGCUUCUAGUGAUGAAAAGGAAAGUAGCGCUUCGCGAUCACGUGGGCCGACUCCAUUGUCUACAACUAGCACAGAACAGCUACACGAAGACAUCUUACAACUGCCACCUAGUUUGGAUAGGCUAGAAAGCUUCUUGUGCGACAUGGAAGGUGAAUUUCCAAGAGAGCUCGAUUGCUUUUUUCAACAGCAGUUAAAAGUGACUAAAUUUAUCAAGAAGCAGGGAGAGGGACGAGAUAGUAAUACUAGCAAAGCCGCUACAAAUAAAAAGCCAGCAACACGUCGGACCACAUUGAACAAGAAGAUUCCGACUCAGCUAGCUCGUCUCUGCCGUAAAGCAGUGGAUCUUCAUGAAAUGAACAACAACAAUCAAAGUGCUGCAUCAGCAAACACGGCUAACAAAAACAAUUAUUCCAUGGCCUCCUCAGCUUCAAGCACAGCUACUUCCACUUCUAGCUGGGCUGCUCUAAUUGAGUUUUUGCGUUUGAUAUUUCGGUAUAGCCUGCGAUUACCUCCACCGCCGAUUUCGCGUGCUGUCUGGCUUGCUCUCGCUCGUGAGUUCGAGCGCUAUCUUUUGCAAGCGCUUUUGGCGAAAUGUGACUCUCCAAAUACGCCACGCGGCCAAUGGAAAGCUGUGACUACGAGUGCGCUGUUUCUCGAUAGUAGCCAAGAACCAUCUUCAACUUCGAAGAGUGGUAGAAGCAAAAGCGUCGACUCUCUCUCGACUCUUCUAUCGACAAAUAAAAACCAAUACCAGGAUCUUCAUGCAGCUGACAUCAAUUACAACCAAGAGCAAGAACAAGAGCUGCAUUUGGAUGUCUACGAACGUGUACGUAAGUUGUCGCCAGUUUUGAGAGAGGAACUCGAAUGUUGGAACGAGUUGAGGAGACAAAGUCGCCAGCAUCCAGCCUUGACGGCUGGUGGAGAAGUCUGCACACAUCUGGAAACAACGACCGUGCAAUUUGUGUACUUCUUUUAUGGCAGAUCAUGAGCAAUUUUUGUAAAUAUGCAUUACUUGGAGUUGGAUCCUCCGGAACGUGAUGCUAGACAUCUCUACACAUGCAUCUCAUGUGGAUGAUCUGGUGUAUAUAAUUCGCUAAACCAGUAGUACCUAGAGUGCUUCUUGUUCUAAUCCCUCAUGCGAAACCUUUGGCUUCUGGCGUCCACUGUAGCGGAACCCGUAGCCGUUUCGGCCACUGUCUAUCUUCCCUGGAUACGACCGAAUAGCAUCUUGUUCUCUUCGUCCAAUAUAGCUGCGAAUCGAUCACAGUCUUCACACCAGGGCAACCGAUCAAGACCCACAUCCCGUCCGACCACACCUCACAGCGCAAAAACGCCGACUGAAAGCGACAUUUUCUUGGCUGCUGGACAGCGAUUCCUUCAAUUCAGCAGAAAUAGAUCGGAGACUCCGGUAUUGCCGCGUGCUAGUCCGCUGUCUAGUAGCCUUAAGGCGUUGAUGUGGGUUAUGCAUGGUCUGUGAAGGUAAAUAUCUGGUUUCUGAUAUAUUCUUGAUUGUUAUCGCAGAUGACGUCGAUGGGGAUCAAUAUGAAAGAAACCACGCAGCAUCAUGAAGAACUUGAACAGCAAGUUGUAACUAGAUGAGAUACAACUUAAAAAGUAGACUAACAGUACAACUUCUUCUAGCUCGAACACCCCCGACCACGAGGAUCUCCAACACCAAGAAAACGCCAAAAGGGUUGCCCCUCAGCCUUGCAGACUGUGUCCCACUUGGUACGUGCAUUUCCGUUCUCUCCUCAAUGCAGUGAAGGCUUGGAGAACUGCAAAGAGAAGUGAACUAAGCGCAGUCGUCAGCGAGGUGUGGGAGGACUACUACGCCACUAGUGUGAUCAACUGGGGCUUGACUGUGCAGAUGUUCUUGAGGGAGGUUUUGCAACGAUGUGAAUUGGUGAAAACAUUGAGGACGAUGUCAACAGAUCAUAAAACAGGAGCUUCUAGUAGUACGACUCCAACGAGGACCUCUACUACAACCACGUCCUGCUCUGGUGGUCCAAAGCCAUCUUCUACUACUAGUACUACAACAACAAGCAGAUUUUCUUCCUUAGACACAGUUCCUGAUCCGAUUUGGUACCAGCUUUUUCGAGAAGCAGAUCCAGCAGGACGAUUUGGCCUGACGACACACGCUUCAGCAUUGAGUUUUGUCCGCACUUUUUUGGGUCGGGUGAUCCAUCUGACCACGCAUUUUGCUGACGUGGUGGAGGCUCCUGAUGCGAUAGAGGUGAAUGAGGUUCGUGCCGACGCAAGAAGCAUACCUGCAAAAGGAGCCACGAGCACGACAACAUCAACAAAUGCAGCAAAUCUGGCUGCAGCAGCAGCUACUACCAAUCUGGUUGUGGAACAGGACAAGAAUUUUCUUGACAUCUCUCCAGCGACGGUUGUGUUUCCCGAUGAAGCACAGCCAGCUUCUCUGAACCAUGUCGAAGUGCAAGUGAUGACGAUGGAGCUCGCGCAGCAGAAGGUGAAGGACUCAGAAGUGCAUAUUUAAGGCAUGUAGUUACUGAUCUUCACUCAAAUCCCAACCAGUUAGCAGAAGAACAGUAGAAGAAGACUUUCGUCUGUAGGUCUAAGCUUGACCUACGUCAUGCGAUCCAUCCUCGUCCUCUAACCUCCAGUCGAAGUAGAACAACCCGACAAGAUCCCGCCUCUCGUAGUCCGUUUGCAGAGUGAGAAGAGUAUGCUAGAGCGUCAGCUAGAGGAGAUGCAGCAGCAAAUGACGGCGUUGCAGGAGAAAUCGGAGCAGUGUCAAAAUGAGGCCAUGGAAUCCGCGGAACUUGAGAAGGAGAGAUUGGUAGAUCUAGUUUUGGACUUGCUUCUCCUUGGCGCUUCAAGAACAUUUUUGCAUCUGCCGAUGUUGACGCAGAGAUUCAUUGUCUGACUGACUCCCCUUUCAUCAAGUCUGUAUCUUCUGCUCGAACAGGCUGAUAUCGAUAUUUCCCACUUCUUCUGAGGCCAGAACUCAACCCUGCUAAGCCCUACCCAAACCCUAAACCACAGAUGGCCGAACGACAAGAGUUGCUUGCCGCAGUGAACCGUUUGGAGAUUGAGAAGCGGGAUGCGGAACAAGUUCGGACUAUCGUGGAAACGAGACUACAAGAGGCGGAAACUGCGCAUUUCUUGCACGAAAAGGCUCUCCAAGAGCAGGAGGCGAUGUUUAGGAAGAGUAGCUUGGAAGCGGAAGAGGUACAACUUCUACGUACUAGAGAAGAUGAACUCGUACAACUACAAGACUACGCAGACAAGAACCAUAUUUAUAUAUAUGUGCUUGUUGUUCUUGUUCUGCACGACCACUUAUAAAGCUACAACUCUACUAGACAUAGACUUAUUUUUCUUUUCGUUUUUCAUUCUCACUACAACUGAAGAAAAGACAGAAGUAUCAUUUUGGAAUAUGAACAAAACCUCCAGGAUUGGCUCCACAAGCUCGAGCAAGAAAAGGAAGCGGCCACGCGCGCACUCCGCGAACAAGUUCGGGAAGAGCAAGGAGCUUUGAAAUCGGAGUUGGUGGCGAAACAAGAGGAGCUAGAGCGCUUAACAGGCAAGAUGCAACGCGAAAAGCAAAGUCUAGAAAGAGAGCACGAAGCGAGUCGAAGCAAGGAACACGCUGUACUAAAGAAGCAGUACGUUGGAGAGCUGGAAAAUUUGCAAGCUGCGUAUAAAAAAGCCAUGGAAGAUAUUGAGAAAAAGUACUUGUUUCUUUUGAAAUUUUAAUUCUUGUCGUAGUGGUGCUGACUUUCGUCCCCCUUUGACUUUGAAGUUUUGUGAUUUUGUAGACGGCGUAUGAUCCGCUUCAGUAGCAUUUAUCAACUUCUUCCCACAUUAACCUCCUCUUCCUGCUACUCUUUCUCAGCUACAGCGGCUUAACCCGGCAAAAAACCAGUCUCGAGCAGGAGAUGAUGAAGCAAAUGGCCUUAAGCCGGGAGGAGCAGGAGAAAUCGCAGGAUAUGAUCUCUGCCCUAAGUUAAGGCUCGAGGAUACAAUUCAUUUCCGAGGGCCAUCCUCUUCGGUUUCCUAGUGUGAGGAUUCUGAAGAAAUGAAGGCAAGAAGUGAAUUUCUUGGGCUCUAACUAAGAGCCCAACUGCUAGAGGCCCAGACAACCGCACAGCAAGCCCAAGAGAGCUUGAAGAAUGUUGUGGUGGAGUGCGAGAAGAAUUUGGAGGAGAACAGGGAGACGCAAUUGGAGCAGAUGAGGGAGGAAAGGGUAGUAAUACUUCGUACUAGAGUUAUCCUCUUCUUGCAGGCGACUAGUUGCUUCUUGUUGUUCUUUGAUGUCCUUAUAAGAAAUGCAAGUGCUGUUAUUUUUAAUGUUAUAAUCUUAAUACUUUUUUAUGCUAAACUUGAUCAGCAAUGUCUUCGUCAAAAUGAUCAUUCAUCCUUAGGACCGAGCACUGGCCAAAACGGUUGCGCAAUUACGAGCCGAAUUCGACAAGGAGACCGAAUCCGUGAAGAUGAAGUUGCGCGAGGAAGCAGCAACUGAACGUCAAGCCGUACAGCUAGAAGUUGCAGCUUUAAGGGAGAAUUACAAGAACCUGGUAGAGGAACACAAAGCUGCCUCAAAAGAAGGAGAAGAACAACUACUACUACAACAUCAGCUUCAUCAAGAAGUAGAUCAAAUACAACAUCAAAGUCCUAGCAAAACAUCUUCUAUGGCCUUGAAUACGAUGAGCGAGAACGAAAAUGUUGUGCUGAAGGAGACGAGGGUUUUUUCACCUUCGCAAAGUCCCAAUCGUAGCGCUUCACCUGACAAGCACUACAACAUCAACAAUACUAGUAUGAUGAUAACGCCACCGUUCGUUCGAGACGCUGAGAAUGUCGGAUCUUUGGGCAAGCAUUUUAGGGUUGAAGAUUUGGAGGGACUCACUUCCGAGAUGCGCCGAGCAGUGAAGAUCCAGGGUUCAGCGGUACACAUUGACGAGAAUCAAUUGAUGUCAACACUAAGACGUGCAGCAGAGAGCGCAAUUCGUCAUCCAGGAACUUGUUCGCCUAUGAAAGAAGUGAUCACUCUGGAGUCAGCUGGGCCAGUGCAUCGUCUGCAGCCGUCAGGUAAUGAAGGACAAGGAGGUUGUCGGACAAAAAUGCCUUCAAACAUGUCACCACCAGUGCCAGCAAGAGAAUGCUCCGCAAGGCUGUUUCAGGAAGAGGAAAGGACUGUCGUUUCUCCGGUUAAAGCAAUCAUGAAAGAAACUUUAGUCGUUGUUCAUCCUGAUGGCAAAGAACUCAGGGGCAACAUGGAAGCACUCCCUUCUGGAGUAAUCGAUGAAGAAACUACUUUUCUCUUUCAAGGUGGUGCCGCGGGAUCUUCAUCCUCUGCGACUGCGAGUGUGUCUGCAGGUGCUGGCGCUUUCGAAACUGAGGCUGCUGUACCUCAACUACAGUCCGAUCCUUCAGCGAACCCUGUCCAGCAAGGCCUUCCACGGCCAGCUCCAGCUAGUGUCGUUCUAAACAACAACAACAGCAAAGUGAUAGCACCGUCGAUGUACCGUUUCACUCCAGAUUCUACUGUAUUGUACCAGAGGGCUUUGCAACAUGUAGGAGCUGCCGGUGGCUCUGGUGUUGUAGUGACACCACAAAUCUACCAACAGCAAGAACCAGUAGUAGAGACGGCAGCGCCAACAGCAAGUGCAGUUCAAUUACAACAGAACAACGACUCCCACCUCUUCGUGGAUGCGCGCGAACAAGAAUCGGCUCUCUUUGAAGAAGCAGCAGAGUCUGUGGCACCGCCAAGUCAGAAUAUGUCGCGUGAAGCAUCCCUCGUCAAGCGGAAAAAAGCAGUAGCAAAGAGACGGAGCGCAUUGAGUGGUGCUAGGCGCAGUCCAGCAAAACAAGGAGGUACAACUGGAGGCACACCUAAUCGUGGCAAGAAGAACCAGGUUAGCGCAAGAAGUCCUGCUUCGCGAGCUGCUAGUGCGCGAAAAAAACCACAUCUGCAACAUUUCUAUGUUCCGACUGCUGCUCCUCCUCCUCCUCCUGCUACAACUACAACUUCUGGUGUUGUAGCUGCGGCUGCACCAUCUCCAACUGGAGCUGCCAAUCCACAAGUCCAGGUCGAGGCAGUUCGACGUACCUCUCUCAAAGAGGCUUCGGCAACCUUAGAUCGUUUGCGUCGGGACUUCCACCAUCGUGCAUCCUCCAGAAGUCAAAGUCCUGAAAAAAACAACUACAGCAACAAAAAUGGUGGCACAACUUCGACAUCUUCUGUCACCUCUGCUAAGAAUAAUUACAGAAUCAAUUCUCCGAGGAAGACAUCAUCGAAAAAAUCUGUCUCUUCUUCUAAUGGAAGGAUGAGAAGCAGCAGAUCAGUCUCACCAUCUCCCUCGCCGGAGAGUAGGCGCGAUAGACAAGGUCAACAACACCUGAAUAACUCGACCAGAAGAACCGUCGGUGUCGGGACUUCAUCGUCUCCCCCUGUAGCACGUACGUCUGGGUCUAGUACGUCACAGCAAAUGCAAAUGCAGCAGAGGAGCGCAGGCACACGACCAGUUCGAACGAGUUCGUUCCUUUUUGUGAACGAUAGCGAACCAGAAACAAGGAGUAGAACGAGUCCUAAAAGUAGAAGUUCGGCGGGUUUGGUUGCUCCAAGGUCGUCAGUUGCUGGAGUUGUAGGUAGUAGUACGGCGACAGGAGGAGAACAAGCUGGUGCUUCAUUUACUGCAACAGGUCGUGGUGGAGGUCAACAACAAGCUUCAUCUUCAUCUUCCAAUCCCAAUAUUCCCUUCGACACAGCAUCUUCACCGACGAAAAUCAUAGUCCAACACGGCCGUCGCAUUAGUGUCAUCACUGACGAUGGCCUCGGUGCUUCACCACCCUGGACUGCGGAAGUAAGGAAAAUGCUCGCUGCAGCGGGGAUUGGGGAGCAACCGAUGGAGGACGAGGAGGCUGGCCCUUUUCUGAAUGAGAACGAGAAUGAUGGGAGUCAAAAUUUUUAUCUUCACCAAGAAGGAGAAGCUGAGCCUGAGAAGAUGAACAAGAGUGACCUUUUAGUUCUGCGUAGUGCUAGUGCCAGUCCGGCUAUUAGACGGAAGUUGCAGAAGACGCAGGAGUCUCAGGACCCCGAUCAUGUCGAUACCAGUCAAAUCAACAACACUACCGCAACCCUUCUGGAGGACAAGCUAGCGAGUGGGUCUAGUCCUCAACUACGACCAAGGUUUGAGGUUAGCCUAACAGGAAGCAGUGGGGAUAAUUUCCAGUUGAAGCCCAUACCAGACGAGGUGGCGCGGUCUGAAGCCUUAAUUAUGGUGUCGGACAUGAAAAAUAUGGCAUCAUCACCAUCACAUACACAACGACGAGGAGGAUCCUUAGGCGGAGGCUUCGAAGCGCCGAGGACAGCUAGAAGUUCUGCUUUGGGUGUUGCCGAGCAAGGCAGCGGUCUAAGACCUACUUCGAGCUUGGUCGUCACUCUCAGCCACGAUCCAAGAGUGCUUCAAAACAAGCCCACUACAACGAUAAAAUCCUCCACCAGUGGUCCAGCUGUACAACACGGAGCAACACUAUCAACAUCUUCGACAGCUAGUAACAAGCGUUCCCUAACCCUUCCCGAGUUGCGUGCAGAGUUGCAGCGACAGCAAGAGGAAUUUCAGUCUGAAAUCUCACAGAUCAAAGCAGAACACUCGGAUGAUAUAGAGCGUUUAGACAGGGAGCGGAAGAAUCUGUCGAUUCGUGAAUCACUGCACUCAGAAAAGGCAGUCAGUUUGGCUGAAGAAAAAGAAGUCUACGCCAGCGAUUCAAUGCGGCUGCGUGAGGAUUUGAAGAGUAUGCAGGAGUUAUUGGCGGAAGAGCAGGAAAGAAGGCGAGCUGCGGAUGCAGAUGUAAUGCGACUGUUGGAGUUAUGGAUAAUUUGAGAUUUUGGUUUGUUUAGUUUAUUUUUGCUUCGCUGUGUAGCAAACAGGAGCUCAAGUUCUAGAAGUUCGCAUUUUCAUCCUUGUACAUCACCCCGCCCCCCCAACCCCCUCAUCUCUAACCCUCGCCAGCGAAAGAGAGAAAGAAAAACACACCGAAAUGAUGGACAAUCUAGGUCACAGGUUGAAGGACUUGCAGACUGAGGCCAGAACUCUACAGCAGGAAAGGUGGCAGCAUGCGACAGGCGACAUUUGCAGCACUGGCACUGGAGGUGGCGUGACUGUCGUCACCAAAAGCCUUCUCAGUCGUGCUAGAAGCGAGAGCGAUGAACAGGCACUGCGUGGUAGGUUAGGUGUGGAAGCGCAAGAGGCAGCUUUAGAAAGGGAGCUGAGUCGUGGAACAAGUGGAGCAGGACUUAGUGGCUCUGGUAGAGGGAGUAACAACAACACGACAGCAGCGAAGAACAGAACAAUGUUUUUGAAUUCGCAGAUUCAGAACUUACAACCAGUAAUGGGUGAUAGGGAAGUUUUACAGCAAAUGGGUGUCGGAGAUCCACCCAUGAUGAUGCCCAGCGUGUCCUCUGAUCGGGAUCCCUAUCCACCUCGUAACAACUACAGUAGAACCGGUCCCCCAGGUUCUUCUGGUGAUGAAGUCUCAUUCGGCGAAACACCAGGUGCUGACAGUUUGAGAACAAGUAGCCCUUUCUUGUUGAAUGCAGUUGCGCCAAAUGGUACGUCGCAGACAAAUCUUCGCAUGAAUUCUGAUGAUCCACAUCCACCAGGAGACCUCAUCCUUGUUCAGAACAACAGCGCUUCAUCAAUGAAGAGUCCAGCAGACUUAGUUCUCUCUGCCAACAGUGCUAGUGCUCCUGCGCAACUACAGCAUAGUCCUCGAUUGGAUAGUACAAUGCUGUCAGCAAGAAGUGCUCCACCUGGCACACCGGGAUAUUACGGCCAGAGAGAUGGGACAAUCACUCCACAACAGUUCGAAGCUUUGCAACACGAACUAACCCUUUUGAGACGAGAGCUAGCGGCGACCCCACGUGGGGGAGGAGACUUCAAGAGGUCGACUUCAAGAGGUCGUGGCUCUAAAAUAUUAAAGACUUCUUCUGUGAAAAACAAAAGUGCUGUAGGUAGUGGUAAAGCGAGUACAGAAUCAUCACGACGAAACUCGUUGAAGCCGUCAUCUUCUCCGUCAGGUGGUCCGCCUGGUAAGAAAGUUGUGGGUAGUAGUACAAGAGGAUCAACUCCAACUAGACGCGGCACAUCAUCGGCAACUGGUGGUACAACUAGCACUUCUAGGCCUCUGAAAAAGAAGGCUCCACCAACGACCCGCCGAAGUAGAACGUCCAGUCGAAACGUAAGUCGAAGUGUCAGCAGGGCCCCAUCAUCACUAGCCACCAGUCGCGCAACGUCUCCUCUGAAGCCAGAAAGGUCGCCACGGUCUGUCAGGUUUUCUGGAGGUGGCGCUGCAGUUUCAUCUACCAAUCGCAACCAGCACUCUGGUCCUCAUCGUAGUGACUUGUUUCACAGCACUAGUAAUGCUGCUUCAAAUCGUCUCCUCUAUUGGCGAUCACCCAACGAAGCUUCUUCUAGCAACUCCUUGGAAAUACGUCCAGAUCAUCUUGAAGAUCAUACGGGAGGUCGUAGUCGUGGAGGUAGUAGCAGAAGUAUCGAGAUGAUGGAAGACGAAGAGACGUACUACGAUUACAGUACUGGGGGAGGUGCUAGUGGUAGUGCAGGAGAUGACCAUGACACCUACGGAGAUGGCUUAGGGGCAACAAGCAACAGCAUGACAAGAGGCGGUGACGAUGAUUCUUCGAAUUCGAUUUCGGCGACGAUGUAUCAUUAUGAUGCUCAUGAAAAUAAGAGGUUUAAAGACGACCGGAGAACUACACAGCUGCGGACAAGAGCAGGUGGAUCAUCAUCAGGCGGACUUGGUAACAUGUCUUCAUCCAACUCUCAUCUUCGGCGGUCAAAUAACGCGAGCAAUAGACCGACCCCAAGAGGUCGCGCGCGAAGUAGUCGUCCUUCCUCGAUGAGUCGCUCUCCUUCAGUAAAAACUCAAAAUUCAGUUCGUCGAGAACCUAUGAACCGGAAUUACAAGCCAAAUUACAAUCCCAGUGCGUCUGCUCUCAUGUUCAUCGACAACAAAACCUCCACAAAAGCGGUUUAUCAGCCACACUCGAGACGGACCUCACCGGUCAAGAUGGGCAAGUCAGCGUCGUUGCGUAGCAGAGACUUUGCAGCUCCCACCACCAGACGGAUCUUCGCAACAGGGAGAACAGGCGUGGCAUUGAACGCAAACUAUGGCAAUAGCAACAUCUACAGUCGUCAUCAUCAGAGAACUAAUAGCUCAAUAACGCCACGUCGAAGCCGCAGUCCGAUACCGAUGGUCAAGAAAUUAACAAGCUCGAUGCCGAAUGCGGCAUGGAGGAGUUAAAUUUUUUUUGCCAUCAACAACUAUACAUUCAUGUUUUGUUAAUGCAAUUUUUUCAUUUUUACCAAGCUAGCAAAAGUAAAAAUUAAAAAUGAGAAAAGAGGUAAAUGACAUUCAUAGAUACAAACAAACUGUUUCUUCUGGUUUUACUGUUUUCGAACAACAAAUAAUAAUGAACGUGAAGGCUGGACCAUAGUAGAAAAAUGAUUUCAAUUAGGAGAUCUAGAUGGUGUUUGUACUCGUUCCUAGUUAGCAGGGCUCCACGACCACAAACUAGUAGAUGGUCUUUCACUUUCACACCCCAUAUUCAAAAUGAAUGAAUAUUUAUACUUCUAGUAUAAGUCUACUCUCUACUCUCUGUCAAAGAAAACGUCAAAACUCAUUAAUAAACCCGGAACAUCAAAUAACUACGCAGGUCGAGCUUGACCGCCAUAGCACUUCCGAAAUGUAACCUACAACCACCUACUUUAAAUAGAGACGAUCGAAUGAUUUUCAUCCGAUAGAAUGGUGAGAUCAUGUACAGUAAUCACGAGCUGAGAGCUCAAGAAGUACAACACAGAAUCAUGGUAAUCCAUAUGCAUAGCACGACUUUUUAGGUAACAGAGACUGGAGAACCUCGUAGUACGAAAUGAAAUUCUCACGAAAUGCCCAGAAGACGUCGGACUACAAAUGAACAAGAACGACACGCCUCCUGACCAGGUUACGCAUGUAAAUUCCCUGCAUGAUGAUCAUCCGAAUAACAAAGAAGCAAAAAAUUUUCAUCCCAAUAUUCCAUUUUGGACGAAGGAGCAUGCUCUGUACUACGAUCCCCAUGCCCCAAGGUUUCCUUACACUCAACAUCGAAAACCCCAUUUCACACGACACGCAAUGGCAAUCAAUCACAUUGUCGGACAAAACGAAUCCAAUUCUCCUCCUUUCUGAGAACGAU